AUGGUUCUGAACAGCAAUCUGGUGGUGACGGUGGCUGACGUGUCGGCGAAUCUCUGCCAAUACAUCGCCUGCAACCCGGAACGCCUCCCCAGCGACCAAGUCCUCCACCUCAUCUUCUGCGUACCGAUGCAGCAAUUCGGCCGCCUCGCGCUCUCCCUCUGGACCUAUCUCUGCUACAACCCUAAUCCGGCCAAUUACGUCUCCGAUCUCGAAUCCGACUCCGAUUGA